ACACGUCGGCGGUGACGGAUGAUGUGUGAAGAAAAUACCCCGCCAUCAUACAUUGUAAUCAUCCGACGCACCCACCCACACACACACACACACGCUCACUCACGGACCACGUUUGCCCCCCACUCAUACCUAUCUCACCGCCCCUCCCCCUCCUCCUGCUCCUCUCCACUGCAGUCAAACUGUCGUCCCUACUAUUUAAAUCCCUUCCCGCUGCGCGUUUGGCUUCGUUGAACCGCCAAUUCUCCACAUCAAAAGCAGCGAUGGCUCCGAUAAAGCAACAUUUCGACUACCUCGUCAUCGGCGGUGGUAGUGGAGGCCUGGCGAGUGCCCGUAGGGCGGCGGGGAUGUAUAAUAAGAAGGUGGCGAUUGUGGAGAGCGGAAGGCUUGGUGGGACUUGUGUGAAUGUUGGAUGUGUACCAAAGAAAGUCACCUGGAACGCCGCGACAAUGGCCGAGACCAUGGCCGAGGCGAAAGACUACGGCUUCGACGUGGAGGUCAAGAACUUCGACUGGAAGUACUUCACUGCGAAGCGUGACGCCUACGUGAAGCGCCUCAACGGCAUCUAUUCGCGGAACCUCAACAACGACUCUGUCACGUACCUCCCCGGGCGCGCAAAGCUCCUCAGUCCCACCGAGGUCGAAGUCGACGAGCAAACGCCCGAGGGUGAAAAGCUGAACAGCAAGACGGUCUACACCGCUGAUCACGUUUUGAUCGCUACCGGUGGAUACCCCGUCGUGCCCACCGACAUCCCCGGCGGCGAGUACGGAAUCACGUCCGAUGGCUUCUUCGACAUCACCGAACAGCCCAAGAAGGCGGUCCUCGUGGGCGCGGGCUACAUCAGCGUCGAGUUUGCGGGAAUCUUCCAAGCGCUCGGAACUGAGACGCAUCUGAUGAUCCGUGGCGACACGUUCCUCCGCUCGUUCGACCCCAUGAUUCAGGAGGUGAUGACGAAGCACUACGAAGAGGGAAUGGGCAUGAACAUCCAUCGCCGGUCGAAGCAAACCAAGGUCGAGAAGAAUGAGGCGACCGGAAAGCUUACCGUUUACUACGAGGACAUCAAUGGUCCCGCUGUGCUCGAAGACGUCGAUUGUCUGCUUUGGGCUAUCGGACGGAAGCCCGAGGUUGGAGACCUUAACCUCCCUGCUGUGGGUGUGAAGCAGGACCCCAAGCACAACACUAUCGUUGUGGAUGAAUACCAGAACACUAACAUUCCCGGCGUUUACUCCUUGGGUGAUGUCUCUGGCCACGUCGAGCUGACGCCCGUUGCCAUCGCCGCCGGCCGCCGCCUCGCAGACCGUCUCUUUGGCGGCCAGAAGGAGGCAAAGCUCGACUACACCAACAUCCCCUCUGUGGUCUUCGCCCACCCCGAGAUCGGAACCAUCGGCCUCAACGAGCCCCAGGCGCGAGAACAGUACGGCGACGAGAACGUCAAGGUCUACAAGACGUCGUUCGUCGGAAUGUACUACGCCCUGCUCGAGCACAAGGGCCCGACCUCGUACAAACUUGUCUGUGUCGGCCCCGAGGAGAAGGUGGUGGGUCUCCACAUUAUUGGCCAGGGCUCCGCAGAGAUGCUGCAGGGCUUCGGCGUGGCGAUCAAGAUGGGUGCUACCAAGAAGGACUUUGAUUCGUGCGUCGCUAUCCACCCGACUUCAGCGGAGGAGCUGGUCACUUUGAAGUAGAUGCGUGUGUGUAUAGACGGCCUGGGGGCUUAUGAUGAACAAAGAACUUUGACCCAGCA